CCUGUGACCCGGCUUGGGGGACAGCGUGAUGACAUUUGCCUGUGCGUCAUUGCGUACUGACGUCGCCGCCCCUAGUUACCCCCGUCGCUCUGAGGAGGACAAGAUGGGUCUCCUCUCAAUCUUGCGUAAGUUGAAGAGCGCUCCUGAUCAGGAGGUUAGAAUUCUCCUUUUGGGUUUGGACAAUGCAGGGAAAACGACAUUACUUAAACAGCUAGCUUCGGAAGACAUCAGUCACAUCACACCCACGCAGGGAUUUAAUAUUAAAAGUGUGCAAUCUCAAGGUUUCAAAUUAAAUGUGUGGGAUAUUGGAGGACAGAGAAAGAUAAGGCCGUAUUGGAGAAACUACUUUGAAAAUACUGAUGUGCUUAUCUACGUCAUUGACAGUGCAGACCGAAAAAGAUUUGAAGAAACGGGGCAGGAACUUGCUGAGCUUCUGGAUGAAGAGAAGCUGAGUGGUGUUCCCGUUCUCGUAUUUGCCAACAAACAGGACUUGCUUACAGCUGCCCCAGCAUCUGAGAUAGCUGAGGGAUUGAAUCUGCACACAAUUCGUGACCGUGUUUGGCAAAUCCAGUCUUGCUCUGCACUGACAGGAGAAGGUGUACAGAUGCUGCCAGACCCGCGGAGCUCCCCCACCCCAUGAUGAUGUCAAACCAGGACAGAUGGAAUGAACUGGGUCUGCAAAAAUGUCCAUGCAAAGAAGAAAUGAAACUGCUACUAAGCGCAAAGAGGGGAACCAAAAGAGACCAUUCCUAGCUUGAUGACACUAAUCGUCCUGACCAAAACCUUCACUACCAUUCACAGUUUUAGCUAUGUACCAAGAAGAAAUCUGGAAGUCCUAUAGCUCCGAUACACUACCUGAAUUUCCAUAGCGCUUUUUAUAAAUACUGUAUCUGUUCUGUGAAUGUUGCUACAAUACAUCAGUCUGUGCAUCUUUUGUACAAUCCUUCAGAUGGUGGUGUGCUAAAAAUUUCAUGGACUGAUGUGCAAUAAUAACUUAUGGAACAUGCCUUUUUUUUUUGCUGCAAGGUUUAAAAUAAAUUAUAAUUAUCACAGUCGGGUACAUGUUUUGAUCAUCAAGAUGCGUUUUAUAUAGGAAACACUAAUCCCUUCCUUUUGUGGUUUGAAAGAAUCUCUUCUAUUUAAAAUUGUUCUGGUUUGUGUGCCCCUUUGCAGAGAACUGUAUCCAGUUUAGUGUGUACCAAUAAAUAUAUAUUUUCUUAAUUGAACUGGAAUGAAUUGUACAAAGGGAAUGAUUUGAUUUUCCUUUCUACUCCUAAUGGUUGUGCAUAGUCCUGGAGCAUCAUUACUCCAAACUGUUGACGCUGCCACUAGCUCAAAACUAUGGAGGCACAGGAUAACUGGGAGUGGGUAGAUACAAUUCAGGCUAAUUUUGCAGGUGCUUGCAAAUAAACUCAACCCAAAAAUGUAGCAGUGCAAUUUCUCAAAAGAUGUAUUACGAAACAUGCCAGCCCAAGGUCGUAGGAAAGUGUUUGGAUCAGAUGAGAUGCCUCAGUUAUCACUUUCUUGAUCUACAGAUUUCACUUGUAGAAUUCAUCUGACGUGGACUCAAAACUUCUGGGUUGAAACGCAGCAGAAUAUCGGCUGGCCCGACUUGGAUUGUUAGCAGGGAGGCUUAGCAGAAUUGAAUUUCUGGGUCUCAUUAAUUGCCAACUUUGCAAAACAAGAUUGGGUAGUUGCAAGAAACAAUUGCGUAGCGGUUAAAUUCAGGUAGUGGGUCCACAAUUACGAUUGGUAUUUCAGGAGGGCAAAUCCUGAUCUUGAGGGUUUCUCAAGGUUUCCACGAGGGCAGAGUAACUUAAAUUUAACCCUUGUAUUUCAAUCCCUGACCAUACUGUGAUUACUUUGUUAGUGAAAUUAUCUAUGUUUGACCGAUUCCUUAACUAUUUAUUUGCUAUAAUUCUGAUCAGAUCUUUGAACGAUUUUCAGUGUGAAUGGCCAUUGUCCUACAUGAUUUCAAUAAGAGGGAGCCACCUUUUUAAAUGUAGGUUUUAGUAACUAACUAGCUUACUUGAAUCAUUAAAUAUUGUUGGACCUUGUAAAUGGCAGUGGUUGAGGGUGCAAAGGUGUUUUACAUCAGAGUAAAACUCAAGGGACCCUUUCAGCUACACAAGUCUUUGCACGCAACAAUGGCCUGACUGCAAUUCAGGCCUUACGUUAUUGUUGAUAUUGGUACACCAGUAUCUUUAUUCUUGAGGGGAAGUGGCAAAUCUCUAAUUUAAGUUGGAUUGAAUAAAAUAUACGGUCAAUUUGCAGCAGUUACCAAAUGCAUGGGAUUGCUACAACUUCUAAAAUUGUGUUUGGAUCUUCAUGACAAUUUGUAGCUUUGCUUGCUUCCCACUCUUCCAGUUGGCAAGGAUAUCCUUUGUCACGAAAUGCUAAAUAACACUACUGUAUAUUCACAAAACCUCUUAAUUACAGUGAAGGCAGACAUCCGAAAAAAAACUGUAUUGAGCUGUACAGCACUAGCUAAGAAACAAUCUAUAAAAUGGUUCCUAGUUUGUCAUAACCUAUUGAAGCACUCACCAAACAUUUUGUGGCAUUGUCGUGCAGAUGUGUUUUGACUUAAGUAUAUUUCUACAGAAAUGUUGUUCCUGUGAAGGAACCCAGACUGGCGCACAAUCCCCUAGAUUUUCUGCCUAAUAAAAUUGUGUAAUGUUGAAAUCUGAGAGUGUCCAAGCUUUAACUAUGGAGAAAACAGGCAGUUGAUAUAGAGAACUCCAGAGUCUGCAGCUGAUACAGCAAGCAUGGUGGACUCAAUUUAUUUUCAGUCUUGAAUAGGUGAUCAAACGUAUUAAACGGUUACAUAUGUAUGUGUGAGAGACAGUAGUGGCACCUAGACCCAAAUCUUAUAGCAGACCAAACUGAGCUUUAACUUGGUCUUUGUUUUUUCAGUAUUAUAACAUUAUUCCUAUUUAAGUAAUAACAUAAAUAGUAGAUGAAAAAUAAACAGCAAUGAUUUCCUUUAUGAAGUAAAGUAGAUUUCACUUUGUUUGAUCCCUCUUUAGCCAUGUUACUCAUGAUAGUGCUUUACAUGUCUCUAGUGUGUUUUUUUGCCCUAGUCUUUACUGUUUAUAAAGCUAAAGUGCUCUCCUUAACUCAACAGUUUUGGUCUUGCUUUUUAAUUAUGUCUUAUUCUUCAUUACCAUUCACCACCUGUGAAUAUUUUAUGCACAAUGCAUCAAGAUUUUCUUUGUUAUUCAUUGCGCAGUUGCUUCUCAUAAAUGUUUAAAGUUUGGAUAAAAUCAUUCUAUCUUGCAUCCCAUUGACUAGGUUUUUUCAUUACUUUGUGAGGUAUUUAAUUUAUGUACAAGUAAGUGAUUUAUUAGUGCCCAUUUUAACCAAACUGUUUGGUAGUAAAGAUGUAGUAAAGAUUAUUCAAAGGUUCCGGACCACUGCAGAUGCUUGUUAAUGGCCUCUGCUGGCUGGUUAAGAGUCAUGGUUCUCAAAAUAUCCCAAUAACUAUCCAUGUGCCUGACAUGUUAGGCUGAAUUCUGGUGACAGUAGUUUGCUGACAAGCUCAUUUGGUUUUUAAAGUUUGAGGGCUAGUAUCUCAGUACUGUUAUUAAGUAUAUCAAUCACGCAAGUUUACUCUAUUGCCAGCAAUAACAGGUUGCAACCAUCGAUAUCUGAGCUGUUUGGAUGAAGAUUUAAUCUAUAAAUGUUGGAAAUCAGAGAACAAAAAACUGGAAAUUAACAACUGGCCAGUCAACAACAAAGUCAAACAAAAAGGUUGCUUAUAGUUGGGAUAUUUUUAAAAAAAAUUUAUCAACUGCAUGGUUGUAUAAUAUUUAAAUUUUUUUUGAACCAGUAACACUAAUCCAUGACUGAUAGUUGUCCACAAACACCUCACUUGUAAAUUCACAUGGUUCCAUGAAGGACAGAUUUCCAUUUUUGUCAAUGCUUGUGUGAUCUUGAAGUCCUUUGAGUUUGUAAAGUAAGCCAUCAACCAAUAAGUGAGGACACAAUUUACUCACAUUGUCUGAAAAUAGUAAUUAGGUUUGUUAAACAUCUAUUACAUCUUGCAGAAAUAUAAAUCAAACUCUUCACAUAAGGGCUUCACUGAUUUUUGUAGCCAGAUAAUGUGAUCUGAAUGGGUUAGCUUAUUCUAAGGGGACAUUGGAUUGCUCUGGUCUGAUCAGUAUCUGUUCCAGUAGCCUGUUAGUUAAGGUCCUGAUACAGUGCAAUGAUUGUUCUUUAAGGAUGCUGAUCAAAACUAAAGUACUGAUAGAAAAUGAAAUACACUCUCAAUUUGGAGAAGAAAAGAAGCCUUUGAUUUCUUAAUUGUUUAGAUCAACUUUAAUUCGGUGGCUUCCUAAUUGCAGACAGCCCAGACAGUCAUGUGGCAAUAGCCAGUCUAUUGGUUUCAGAUUUCAAACUGGCUAAAUGCUUCUUUUCUGCCCUGUUACUUAUUUGAAUUCUUAUCGUUAAUCCCUUCUGGCAGGUAACAUGCACUUCAUUGGGUUAGAUAGUUGUAGACCUCCUCUGAUUUUGUUAUAAAUUCAAUAUCACUGUUGUAAUCUUUUACCUCUUAAGGUUAACCAUCUAAUUUACACUUGUAGAUGUUGUCGCGUUCGUUUUGAAAAGAUGCCUGAACAGGAACAGAUGGGGUGAAGGGAAGUUUAAGGGUUAAAAUUUCAAAAGGGAUAAUAUAACAUUUAAUUUUGUGUAUUGCUCAAUGUAUUGAAUAAUAUUGUAUUUCAAUCUUGUUUAAAUACAGUAUCACAUUCCAGUGUAACUUGGAUAGAAUGGGUUUUUAUCAAGAAGUUCCUUCCCAUUUCCUAUGACAUUACUUUUUAAAAUAUACGCUUGAUAGUUAAGUCCUUGAGUGCAUGUGUUGGUAAAGUGUAAAUGAUCGUGAACCUUUAAUAUGCAGUCAUCUUGCAUUCUUUAUUUGGAUGUAGAUAUUCUGUCUGUGGUUAUUAAGUUCAUUGUUAUGGUGUUAUCAGCUGUUUUCAGCUUUUAUAUUUUUUCAUUAGUCGAGAAGUAAAUAAAGAUACUGGUAUUUUGUCAUAGUCCAUACUGUACACAAUGUAAUUCAAAUGCAAAAUGUCUUGUUCAUGGAAUAAAGACUAUUUAAUAGAAA